AUGUCAUCCGUCCCUUUUCAUGGGCAAGAAUCGGAUGCUGAUCGCGAAAGAUUUGGCCGUCAAACUUUUUUGCCUCAUCAAGAGAAGAACUACAAAGCGCUUGCUAAACAGCCCCGAACGCUCACAAACGCUCACCUGACUGAAGUUGCCAGGCGGCGUGGCCUGCCACCGCCGCUUUUCGACUGGACCUCUCGCUUCGUCGAACUCCCGAGCGAAGUGAUCGAGACAAAAUUAUCGUUUUCUGCAUUCCAUCAGACGACAAGAAAUCGCAUCAGACCCAACUAUACGAAGCUAGAGAAGCUACAGGCACUUCCGGAACCGCAUAUGUUCAAUGCCGUCGCGGGCGUCUCGCCAAAACUGAACACUAUCGUCGAAAAUUACUGCGCGUUCCUGCUCAAAAAGUACUCUGCCCUGCAAGAGCAGACCGCAAGCGCACCUAACAGUGAACUUUCUACGCACAGGGCAUUCUGGCUCGCAUUUAUAAGAGAUAGACCACUCGAGGGCUCUGCAUUCAACCAUGCUAUCGUAUGCUGCCAUCGCUGUGACCGCAAACACUGGCCCACGCCCCUCCGUCUGAGCUACAUAUCACGCUCGCUAGGGAUUCCAGAGUUCUUUGUCACGUUCCCGCCUCAAGAGCUUCACCUGCAGACUGGUAUCGUCGGAACGGAUGCGCUUUUCCUAGGUUACCAGAUUCUUAAACUGAGAGAACUCGUCAGAAGUAAUAAACCAAAGUAUGUGCCGAGCUGGAUGACUGAAGUUCCGGCCUGCUUUGAGGACGAUGUGGCGACCGAGUUGAGAACUAAUUGGAUGGCUCUAGAAAUAGGGGUAAGAAAGUGUCAGAAAUGGCAGGUCGACGGAAAUUGAAGCUCAAGGGUAACCCCUCGGGGCGUAGAUGGGCAAGAAAACUAAGUGGGCUGAAAGAUGUCACAAUUGAUGAAUCCGAGAGUAGGAUUGUCUCUAGUUUUAUAGCGAUUCUCACACCUUUAUUCUCCGCGUGAACUUGACGUUACAUCGGGAAUAUUCAAAAAUGAUCAUUGUAUGAAAGACGAAACGAUGAAUGGUAAGC